CAUUUCUAGUGCGAACGAGACGACCAAAAGUGAAACAAAAUGUCAGUGGGAUCUUCGUCAGAAGUUCAUAGACGAACCAUGCGGAAAACAAGCAUGAUUCGGCAGAGUAUUACACCUAUGGAUCUGCUUAUGUCCAUGGGCUUCCCGAAACAUCGAGUUGAAAAAGCAGCAGCAGCAACAGGGCAUCAAGACAUUCAACUUGCUUCUGAUUGGUUACUGAACCAUUUAGAUGACCUGACCUUGGAUGAGUCCAUACCAAGAGAAUACAUCGUCUACGCCUGUGCCGUAGGUCCCCUAGGAGAACAGCUGGAUGAGUUCUGGAACAAGUCCCUCUCCCUCUGCGGUCGUAACGGAGCACACAGCCUCCUACCUCAUGUCACUCUCUGUUCCUUUAUCACAUGCCCAGACAGUAAAUGUACAGCGUUGACCGAUGCCUUCCAAGAGGUCAUUGACCGGUGGCAGACCAAAGCUCCAGAGGUCUUAACACUGGACUUCUAUUCCUCUACAAACUUCAUUGGUCUGUUCUUAGAGGAUGAGCAUGCAGAGUAUCUCAGGAAGGUCAUGGCUGAUUUCAGUGUGGAGGCUGCAAGUAGAGCAGGUGUGAAAGUGGAGCCCCAUAAGAAGCAGCUUCACCUGACCUUAGCCUACCAGUUCAACCCAACCCAUCAAGAACCACUAGUGAACCUUUCCAAGGAGGUCGGCAUCCAGUCAGCGGCUCGUUGGGAAUUCAGGCUCUAUUCCAGAGACCCUCGGGCUGCUUCUACAGAGGUUCUAAGGGUUCUGUACGGCCACACACCCAGGGUACCAGACGAGCUGGAGCUGAUUCCUGAUGACUUUGUCUACAUGUCUGCUACUGAGCUAGAUAAGAACAGUGACGGUUGGUUCAAGGGAACGUCUCAUAAGACGGGGUGUGAGGGAAUGUUUCCAGGUAACUACACAGAGAAAGCUCCGGAGUCAGAUACAUGGACGAUACACAGGGUUUUACCGAUUACCAGACCAAGAACAGCUAGCAACGACGCCAAGAAAGUUAGUCUGGAUCGUAAAGUUCCUAGUCCUCCCAUCCCCAUCGGAUCCGACCUGGAACACUCUGGCAAUUACAAGUCAGCAGAGGGCCUCCUUCAAAAUCCACAGGAACAUGGCUAUGAGAAUCUUUUGAAGCUGAAGAAGAUGAACGAUGCACCUGUUACGACCAAGAAGCAACCCAGAAGAUUGUUCAUCAUCAGGCAUGGGGAGAGGGUGGAUGUUACGUUCGGUGAACAGUGGCUCAUACAUUGCUUCGAUCAGCAAGGCAAAUAUCAAAGGAAAAACCUGAACAUGCCAAAGAGAGUGCCUCAGAGGCCUGGAGGGGGUCAAGAUUUCAAGAAAGAUUCCCCUAUUACAGAAAUAGGAGUGUACCAGGCAAGAAUGACAGGUGAAGCACUAAAGGCAGCUGGAAUUAAGAUCUCUUACUGCUAUGCAUCACCCUCCCUUCGAUGUUCACAGACGGCUCAUGCUGUAUUACAAGGAUUAGAAGCACCUGACGCUGUGAAGAUCUGUGUCGACACUGCCCUCUUUGAGUGGUUAGCGUGGUGUAAGGGUGGUCUACCGAAGUGGCUCUCACCGGCUGAACUCGCGACCUUUGGCCUGAACAUUGACCUGAGUUACAAGGAGAAGUUGACCCCAAGUGACCUCAACCAGAAAGAGAAUUGUCAGGCGUACUAUAAGAGAAGUGAGAACUUUGUCCGAGAGGUCCUCAAGGAAUGCUCCGAUGAUGGAGAUAUUUUAUUGGUUGGUCAUGCAAGCACGCUAGACAGCAGCUCCCGAUGCCUUCAGGGUCUGUCCGCACGGCCGGCCAUGGAGUUCUCACGUAUCGUCCAGAAGGUUCCUUACUGUGGGAUCAUCAUGCUGGAGGAAUACGCAGAGUUCAGUAUAUGGGACCUGGUUGCACCGAUCAUACCAACGCUAACGCAUGCACCAAACGGACGAUUUGAUUGGAGGAUCAUGCAGUCGUAGGGGACCACAUGUCAGCAGCAAACAUUUUGAUUGGUUUAAGUUGAAGUAGAAUAUGGCCUUAAUGUUUAUAGCUAGGUACAUGAAUAUUUAUUGUAUAUAAAUGAGAUAGCAUUCCUACACUGUAUGUGAAGUUUUCUUUACAUGCAUAAUGUACACAUUUACACAAUAACCGACCAAUGCAUCAUUUACAGUGUAGAUAGAGAGAAUUGUAAUUAUGAAAGUAAUAUCCAUGAAAUAAAUACCAUCAAAAUAUGAUAUUUUUCUAAGAUCAAACUUUUUUGCUAGAAGGUACACAAGACAACAAAAACGUGGUGGGCCAAAAUUUCAAUGGCCUGACAAAAUAAAAGAGAUUACUGCACAGUUCAUCGCUAUGCCCAGGAUAGAGGUGGUUUGAAUGUCAUCAUGAAUAUGGUCACAAAGGGUCAGUCAUGACUCGUAGGACGAAGACGACGAAACAAGACAAGAAUGGAAGUCAAAGGAUAUUUAUAUUUUCUGUACAUAUUAAUCUUUUAAUAACACUCACAUAAGGUUGUACACAAUAUAUGUAAUUUCUAUGAUGAAUAUAAUUGGCACAUAUAUACGCAAUCUCAUCUUGAUAUCUGCCCAUUGUUGGCGCAGACCUGUACUAUUUUAUGCUGCAUAAAAAUGAAACAUCUCACAAAAUUGAUUAAUCAGCUUGUUAGGGAUCUGUAGUGUUAUGAUUUGAGGGUCCUUUCUUUUUAGGAGCCCUAGAAUAGAAUAAAAUAGAAUAUAUCAUUUAUUGUCUUCUUCCAAAACAAAAGAAGCAACUUUCCAUCCAGGUGAAACAUAUUACAUAAAUUACAAUUAUACAAAAUUUAUAAUAUAAAUACAUUUAUAGCAAAAUAUCAAAUAUCUAUGGUAAUAUGCUACUCCAUAAUUUAUUUGGAGGAGUGCUUUCAGGAAGAAGGCACUUUGGAGAUGAAUGGAAAUUAAAGAUAUUUUUGUACACGACAAAUAGCAGAGUUUUCAAUGACUACGUCACAAUCCACUGACAAAAUUGCCAAUUUGAGAUUUCCACAGUUUUAGUGAUCUCAUGCUUCAAACACUUAAAACUCUCAAAUACCCGAUCUGAUUUAUUUCAAACUUUCACCUUUCUAAUUCUCUGAAUUUCUAUCUCAUACUAAUGAACGUAUUAGGUUGGAUUGACCUCUAAUAUAAUCCCACAAUAUUGAUUUUCGAUUUUUGUUAAAAUAAGCCAGUUAUAUGAUGUUCACUCCUGCAAAAAUUGCUACACAAAAUUUCCUACACUUCAACCCUGGAUCCAAGACUAAUCCUACAGCGUUCCCGUACCCUAUCUCAAAAUCAAAUUGCACUGCUAACCACAACCCUAUACUUUUAAUAUAAAAAAGCGCCAAAGUAGCACUGCUUGGCCCCAAAGAGUUUCUAGUUUGUUCCUUGUCUUUCCUUUGUCUGUUUGUCUUUCUUAUUUUUCUUAUCUUUUUUAACAAUACCUGUACCUGGUACUAUGACACUCAACCAAACUCUCUUAUUCUUUCUAUUUUUCUUGUGUGCUUCUGAAUAGAAUUGUCCAGAUAGAUGGCACUAUAUAAUUAAUGCCUAUUGUUAUUAUUAUUUCUGUUUGUUUCUUUGUCUUUCUCUAUCUUGUUGCAUUUCUGUUUGCCUCUUUAUAUUUCUCUCUUUCUCUCUUUCCAUUGAUUGAUAUAGUGUACAUCUUCAGUAAGUGGGUCAUUUUUAGUUACUUAGUAUGUUUUAUUUUCACGAAGGCAUCAAACUACUUCAUAUUUUUGUGUACACGUGUAAAGUUUUGUGGCAUCAAAAUUGUUUAUGCAAGCUGCUGGUUUUACACAAUGUAAACUAUGUUCGAUAUUGUUUUUGCUGUGUUUAUAGGGCUAUAUUAAAGCAUGCGCUUAUAUAAGUAAGGCCAGUGUUUUGGCAAUAUACAUACAUGUACACAACUACCUACCUACCUAUCCACCUUUAACCAUUGUCUAAUGGUCACUCAAGUUUUGAAAUGCUGUCAGAAAUGAAUGCAACAAAUUUAUAGAAACACAGCGUAUUUUUGUUUUAAAAAAUACAUGUAUAUGAAAUGACCAUUGUAAAGUAACAAUUAUAUAUAUACUAUAUUGUGUUUGUGUGAUCGUAACAUAUGAGAGCUUCCACUACAGUUUUCUCAUGCUUUGUAAUAGGCGCUGAUGCUGUUCAGGGCAAUUCUUAAGUACUCUAUACAUGACAUUAAAGGUGUUUUGGUCUAGUGGAUAAGUCACCCGUCUGCAGAUCACAAGGUACAGGGUUCAAAUCCCAGCCUGUCACUAACGUCCGUCGGCAAGACGUUAAUCUACAUUUGCCACUCUCCACCCAGGUGUUAAAUGGGUACCCAGUAGGAUGCGAAAGUCAAUGAAGUUUGCUCAGCAUAUUGUGAGCGUCUGUAAAAUGAUGCCUGGCUGGAAUGCUCCUCAAGGAGUGGACAAUGUGCAUACAAUACAUUGUGUGUGGGUAAGCCUGCAUCCGAUGACCGGGGUAAUAUAUCUGUAAAGCGCUCAGAGACAACGUUAGUGUAUUAAGCGCUAUUUUUAGUAACAUUCGGAACAAAAGUGCUUGGACUUGCCUUUCUGUUUAGAGACAGAAGGGAGUUUGACUCUGUUAAAGUAUAUGAGUUAGUGCCCUUCUGAAUCUCAAACACUUUAUCUACAUUUUGUGAAAGUGCUCAACUCUUUUAUCUGCAAGAAAAUGAUAUCCUGCACGUCCACCUUGUUUUAGAUUAUAGGUAUGUUGUACAUCACCAUUGUAUAUGUGACAAAAGUUAAAUGUGAUUGUUUGAUUAGUCAACCAAAGAAGAUAAUAAUAACCCUUUCAGGACAAGAUUAAUUUCUAGUGCUAAAUUGAUCACAUAUUGUUCUUCAAAUUGGCAACCAUACUUAUUUUCUUGAAUUGCUUCAUUGCUGAAAAACAAUGUAAUGUCUCUGAAAACAAGAUACAUGGGCAAGAAUGUUGUCCAGAGGUUGAAAAUACGGCCAAAUUGACCAUAAAACAAUGGUUUCGAAUCUCUCAACGUGUUGCCAAUCUAAGGAUUUUGAAGCGAUUUCCCUUUUUUAAAUUCAUGUCACAAAACAAUGAUGGACUGCAGUGUGCAGAAAUGUGUGUGUUUUUUUUCUCAUGCUUCUGGCCCUAUAUAGAAUCAGCCCAACCACAAAAUAUGUUGUUGUUGCGAAAGGGUUUAAUUAAAGAGACAAUUGAUUUUGUAGAUGAACUUAAUACAGAUACUUAAAACAUUUAGCUCUGCAACUAGAUGUAAAUAAAAUGUGCCUUCUCUACAUGAAAGGCAUCCACAGCACGUUUGGAUUUUGAGUUUAUGACGUGUCUCUCGGACUAAAAAAAAAAAAACAUGUUUGAAAUAUUGUUGUUAUAAUUCUUGGAAUGUACUCUACAUGUGUGAUAUAACCAUACAAAAAUAUACAUAGAUUUAUUUUUAUACUUGAAGUAUAUUCAAAAGAUUUCAUUUGCUGUUUUGCACUAAGUGUAGGCCUAGGCAAGACAUUAAUCUACCUUUGCCACUCUCCACCCAGGUGUUAAAUGGGUACCCGGUAGGAUGCGAAAGCUAAUGUGGUUAGAUUAGCAAGUGUGCGCUUAAAUGACACCUGGUUGGAAUGCUCCCCAGGGAGUGGAGAAAUGUGCAUACACUUUGUGCGGGAAAGCCUGAAUCCGAUGACCGGGGUUAUAAUAUAUCUGUAAAGUACUUAAAGACAUCGUUGAUGUUGAUUAAGCGCUAUAUAAAAUCGGAAUAUUAUUAUUAUUUUUAUAUUAAGUGCUUUUCUUACCCACCUUUCAUGAGAGAUGUAUUACACCUUAUAUGCAAUCAUAUGUCUUUUUUAACUGUAGUCCCAUAAGGCUUAUUUUGUGUAGUUUAUUAUGGAUGCAAUGACCUACCUGAACAGGGUGAUUCACAUCUUGCUUUUAGGAAAAUGAUCAAAUGGCUGUUUUAUUUUACUUAACACUCUUAAAGAGAACUAUUAUUUUGUCUUAGACACAUCUUUCUGUGUUAUUUCCAAGGUUAUUGCUUAUUUUUGUCCCAUAUUUAUACAUUUUUAGAACAUUCAUAGAAUAAUAAAAGUGUUAAGUCCUGUGGGUUCUGGUGUGAAAGUUGUACAACGCUGAUCAAAGACAAUGAGGUCUUAAUGCAGCGGAACCAAAAAAUAUAUAAGAUAAAUUUGUAUCAUAGUGCAUCUAGCGUUUAACAUGUUAAGAUAAUGUGCAUCAUGCAUCGCAAAGUAAAAUAUACAACUGAAUUUGAAUUUGAAUGUUAAUUUAUUGAUUUAUCUGUCAGGGUUACAGAAUCAAUUUUCCAUUGGUUUAAGAAUACCAAAGAUCAUGUUACAGCAGAAUUUCACAUGAUAAAGAAGGGUACGAUGACAAAUAUGAUAUCAGAUUUAUAAAAAAACAGAAAGUUAAAAAACAAAUAUUAAGAAAAGGUUUAAGAAAGUUACAAAACCAAUGUGUGUCAGAAAACUAAUACAGGAAAAAUCAUCUCUCAGUUGUGAAGACAACAAGAUAUGAAAUAUUAAUAAGUAUGAAUAUGAAAGUAAAAGAAUAUAAGUUAUGACCAUGAUUAUUUUGUUUGCUUAAUGUACAUGUACAUGUAUAAAGAUAUAUAUAUAAUUUUAACGAUUUAAGUGAAUAUAAUUUAAAACUGAAAUAAUGUCAGGUUUAUCGAUAUUUUGUGUAUAUUGUAUUUUUCUACACUUUGUAAUACUGUCAGAAUAUUGCAGCAAAAUGCAGAGUAGAUAAUAAAUGCUCAAUGCAUCAAUU